AUGCCCAUUACGGUGCGGUAUGGAUCCACAGGAAUAGCAGGGGGCCUUGCCGCAGACCCGCAGAAAUUUCUCGAUUUUCAAGUGCUAUCGCCGGAGUUUUACACCAGUUUUGCCCGUAACAGAGCUUCCGAUCCAGAGGCAGUCGUUCAGGUGAUCAUCGGCUGCUCGUUGGUAACGGUGUCACACCAGGAACUACCUCACAAUUUCAUUUGCCAGGAAGGGGACCAUCUUCACAAUUAG